CAUCCCCAUUCCCGUCGCGGCCGAGCCCAGCAGGUCGAUCCAUCGAUCCGGAGACAAACAAAAUCUCGUUCCUGCAGAGCGAUCGCUCCUGCCGCUGCUGCUUGCUUCUCCCUUCCCUUGCAGCUACGAUGCGGUAGAAUCAUACUGCUGCAAAAAAAUUCCAAGAACGCAGGCAGAGAAACGGAGUUCCCAGGUUCGUGAGAGUGGUGGAGUGAGAGGGCGCUGAGAUGGCGGAGUGCAGAGUCGGAGGAGGCGGCGGCGAUUGCUUGAUUAAGCUGUUCGGGAAGACCAUCCCGGUGCCAGAGGUCGCCGCCGCCGCCGCCGUCGCCGUGGGCGAGGCUGAUAAGGACAUCCAACAAAGCGGCAGCAGCACGUCUGAACCGAAAGGACAAGAGAACACCCUUCAGGACUCUACGGGCUCGCCUCUGCAGCAGGAGGUUGCAGACACUGAAGAUUCAUCAGCUGCCAAGAACUCCUCAGGAGACCAGCAGCAGGGCGAGGCGGCCAACCAGAAGGAGAAGCUGAAGAAGCCUGACAAGAUCCUGCCGUGCCCCCGGUGCAACAGCAUGGACACCAAGUUCUGCUACUACAACAACUACAACAUCAACCAGCCACGCCACUUCUGCAAGAACUGCCAGAGGUACUGGACGGCCGGCGGUGCCAUGCGCAACGUCCCUGUGGGUGCAGGACGGCGCAAGAGCAAGAGUGCGUCGGCUGCUUCCCACUUCCUUCAGAGGGUCAGGGCCGCGCUGCCCAUCGAUCCUCUCUGCACGGCAGCCAAGACUAAUGGCACAGUGCUUAGCUUUGGCUCCGACAUGUCCUCCUUAGACCUCUCAGAACAGAUGAAGCACCUAAAGGAGAAACUUGUCCCAAUAACGCGGAUCAAGAGCAGCGAUGACCGAUCAGUUGGUUCUUGUACUGAAGGAUCUGCAAAGGGAGAAGACUCAAACCAAAUGAACCAAAAGGAGAAAGUUACAGCAGAUAACUCUGCAAAUGUUGUUCAGCAUCCAUGCAUGAACGGGGUAACCAUGUGGCCAUUUAGCUGUGCACCACCACCUGCCUGUUACACAUCAGGCAUCGCAAUUCCGUUCUACCCAGCAGCAGCUGCCUACUGGGGCUGCAUGGUUCCAGGAGCUUGGAACGCCCCAUGGCCACCACACUCCCUGUCUGAGUCUGCUUCAUCGCUUAGCACUGCUUCUCCAGCAUCCACAAAGUCCAAUUGCCUCACGCCAGGAAAGCGCUCUAGAGACUCUGACGAGGAAGGAGACACCAAAGGAAAUGGCAAGGUGUGGGUGCCGAAGACGAUCCGGAUUGAUGACGCAGACGAGGUGGCCAGGAGUUCCAUCUUGUCACUAAUUGGGAUCAAUGGCGAUAAGGCGUGCAAAGAUAGCAGAGGGUGCAAGCUUGCAAGAGUUUUUGAGCAGAAGGAAGAGGCAAAGACAGCAACUCACACAGUCAUCAACAGCUUGCCAUUCUUGCAAGGGAACCCAGCUGCACUCUCACGCUCACUGACCUUCCAGGAGGGAUCUUGAGUAUCACCUUAGCCUCAAAGAUAUAAGGACCAACCAUUUAUCAUGGUACAGCUGAAAUUUUGUACAUUAGAGAAUUGUAAACUAGGUAUGGACAAUGGAGUGUAUGACAUAGCUCAUAGCUGCAAGCGGACCUUGUAACUACAAUAGAUAUUUGUAGAUAGCUAUAUGGGUUGGGGAUGGAUAGGGAGAGCAAGUUCCCUUAUUUGUGGAUAAAUAAUAUAAUAAUUUUGGUUA